UUACAAUAUCACACUCCUUUUCCCAUACUCUCUCACUUUCUCACACACUCUCUUUCUCUCUCUGGCUUAUUCCCUCUCUUUCUCCCUUUCUCCUCUCUUUGUCUGAUUCCAUUUUCUAGGUAACAUUGACAUUCAAGUUGGGGUUUGGACAGAUUUCAGUGAAGGUUUUGUAAGAGAGAGAACUCUUGAUGAUCGUGAUACUCCAGCAAGCGAAUUCUAUGAUUUCACCCACUAUGUCUUUGAAAGUCCAGAAGGAUCUACCCUCUUUAUGGAGAUACAGAAUUUGACAAUGAAUCUGACUGGACCUCUCUUGGACCUUGUGCGUGUAUCUGUUGGAUCUGGGACGGACCCAAUAGAUAAUUUAUUUUCCUUGGCGUAUGCAGAUGGAAAUGGAUAUUUGGAAAGCUAUACCUCUAGCACAAACUUUACCCUAUUUUUCAAUACGGGGUAUCUUCUCAUUGCCAUGCCAAAGUCUGUUGCUGGUAUCUUCAAUAUGACUUUCAGGGUGUCAGCUGUUGAAUGUGAGAGUCCUGAAUCCCCAUGUUAUCUCUCUCUGCAUUGCCUGGACUCGGAAAGGGAUUAUUGCGAUGGAGAGGUUCAGUGUCUUGAUAGUGGAGAGGAUGAAUAUGAAUGUGAAGGUUGCCCAUAUGGUCUGUACCCAUGCUACUUUGAUGAGUCCAUUUGUUACAAUUACACUGCCGUUGGAUGUGAUGGAAACUAUGAUUGUCCAGGUGGUUCUGAUGAAUACAACUGUACAGGAUGUUUUGCAUGUAAUGGUUCUUCGGAAUGUUUACUUGACCUUCAAGUUUGUAACUUCUAUAACGAUUGUCCUGAUGGGGAAGAUGAGGCUAAUAAUCUUUGCAAUCAUACAGAGUUUAAAAGUUUACAUGACAUCCAAGUUGGCGUUUGGACAGACUUCAGUGAAGUAUUAGUAUCCCAAAGAAUUCUUGAUGAUCGUAAUACUCCAGCUAGUAAAUUCUACGAUUUCACCCACUAUGCCUUUGAAAGUCCUGAAGGAUCUACAUUGUUUAUGGAGAUACAGAAUUUGACUGUGAAUCUGACCGGACCUCUCUUGGAACUUGUUCAUGUCUCGGCUGGCUAUGGGACUGACCCAACAGAUAUCGGGACAACCCUAGCAUACGCAAAUGGAUAUGGAUAUUUUGAAAGCCCUAGCUACAGCAGCAACUUUUCUCUUGUUGAUAAUAAAGGAUAUCUUCUUAUCGCCAUCCCCAAAUCUGUUGCUGGAACCUUCAAUAUCACUUUCAGAGUCACAGCCAUAGAAUGUGAGUAUCCAGAGGAACUCUGCAAUGGAUCUCUGCACUGCCUCGACAGGAUACAGGAAACAUGUGAUGGUGAAGUUCAGUGUCUUGAUAGUGGAGAGGAUGAAUACGGAUGUGAAGAAUGUUUCCAAGGAGAAUAUUGCUUGUAUGAUUAUUAUAAGUGCGUUCAGCCUCGUGAUAGAUGUAAUGGACUUUAUGACUGUGCAAGUGGAAGUGAUGAGAGUGAUUGCCCAGGAUGUACCCUCUGUAACGGAACUGCUUGGUGCCCUGCGGAUAUCCAAGUUUGUGACUAUAUAAAGGAUUGCCCAAGUAAUGAUGAUGAGGCAGAAAGUCGCUGUAACCAUAUUGCUUUUAUUGAUGACGUUGAUCUUGCUCCUGGGGAGUCUAUUACCGUUGAGAGAAGUUGGUUGGAUGGUGCUUACGGGGAUCGCAACACACCCGCCAGCAACUUCUACAACUUCACCCACUAUGUUUUCACCUCUCCUCCUGGGACAACACUCUUUGUCGAGAUGCAAAAGAUCAUUGUGGGUGGGGAUCCCGGCCCCCUGCAAGCUCAGUUCAAAGUUUUAGUCGGGUCUGGAAUCAAUCCUGGCAAUGAUGAGAAUACUGUAGCAUACUUUGGUCUUUAUCACAACAACACCAUAAGUAAUUCAAUUCCUGAUUCUGUGGGCUACGUGCUUAUAGCCAUCCCGAAAGAUGUUAAAGCCAACGUCACGUUCCGAGUUACUGCAGUCGAAUGUUCUGGGUUUUCAUGCCCAACAAGCGAUCCAUUCUAUGGUAAUUGCAUCUCUGAGGACUGGGUCUGUGACAACAUAAGUGAUUGCUUGGAUAGUAGCGAUGAAGCUGACUGUGACGCUUGCCCUGACGGUCUGUACCCAUGCUACUUUAAUGAUUCAAUUUGUCUUGAUUAUACUGUUGUUGGAUGCGAUGGAAACUAUGAUUGCCCAGGUGGUACUGAUGAAUACAACUGCACAGACUUAGGAUGUUUUGCGUGUCCUGGUUUUUCAUCAUGCUUACAUGACCUUCAAGUUUGUAACUACUAUAACGAUUGUCCUUAUGGGGAAGAUGAGACAGAAGCUCGCUGCAAACACUCUGAUUUUGUCAGUAACAUUGACAUUCAAGUUGGGGUUUGGACAGAUUUCAGUGAAGGUUUUGUAAGAGAGAGAACUCUUGAUGAUCGUGAUACUCCAGCAAGCGAAUUCUACGAUUUCACCCACUAUGUCUUUGAAAGUCCAGAAGGAUCUACCCUCUUUAUGGAGAUACAGAAUUUGACAAUGAAUCUGACUGGACCUCUCUUGGACCUUGUGCGUGUAUCUGUUGGAUAUGGGACGGACCCAAUAGAUAAUUUAUUUUCCUUGGCGUAUGCAGAUGGAAAUGGAUAUUUGGAAAGCUAUACCUCUAGCACAAACUUUACCCUAUUUUUCAAUACGGGGUAUCUUCUCAUUGCCAUGCCAAAGUCUGUUGCUGGUAUCUUCAAUAUGACUUUCAGGGUGUCAGCUGUUGAAUGUGAGAGUCCUGAAUCCCCAUGUUAUCUCUCUCUGCAUUGCCUGGACUCGGAAAGGGAUUAUUGCGAUGGAGAGGUCCAGUGUCUUGAUAGUGGAGAGGAUGAAUAUGAAUGUGAAGGUUGCCCAGAUGGCCUGUACCCAUGCCUCGUUGAUGAGUCUAUUUGUUACAAUGAUACUGCCGAUGUGUGCGAUGGAAACUACGAUUGCCCAACUGGUAUUGAUGAAUACAACUGCACAGGAUGUUUUGCAUGUCCUGGUUUGUCAUCAUGUUUAUUUGACCUUCAAGUUUGUAACUACUAUAGCGAUUGUCCUGAUGGAGAAGAUGAGACGGAAGAUCUCUGCAAACACUCUGAAUAUAUCAGUAACAUUGACAUCCAAGUUGGUGUUUGGACAGAUUUCAGUGAAGGGUUUGUAAGAGAGAGAACUCUUGAUGAUCGUGAUACUCCAGCAAGCGAAUUUUAUGAUUUCACCCACUAUGUCUUUGAAAGUCCUGAAGGAUCUACCCUGUUUAUGGAGAUACAGAAUUUGACAAUGAACCUGACUGGAUCUCUCUUGGGCCUUGUGGAUGUAUCAAUUGGAGCUGGGACAGACCCAGCAGAUCGUUCAUUUUCCUUGGCAUAUGCAGAUGGAAAUGGAUAUUUGGAAAGCUACACCUCUAGCACAAACUUUACCCUUUUUUUAAAUACGGGGUAUCUUCUUAUUGCCAUGCCAAAAUCUGUUGCUGGUAUCUUCAAUUUUACUUUCAGGGUCUCAGCUAUUGAAUGUGAAAGUCCUGAAUCCCCAUGUUAUCUCUCUCUGCAUUGCCUGGACAUGGAAAAGGAUAAUUGCGAUGGAGAGGUUCAGUGUCUUGAUAGUGGAGAGGAUGAAUAUGAAUGUGAAGGUUGCCCAUAUGGUCUGUACCCAUGCUACUUUGAUGAGUCCAUUUGUUACAAUUACACUGCCGUUGGAUGUGAUGGAAACUAUGAUUGUCCAGGUGGUUCUGAUGAAUACAACUGUACAGGAUGUUUUGCAUGUAAUGGUUCUUCGGAAUGUUUACUUGACCUUCAAGUUUGUAACUUCUAUAACGAUUGUCCUGAUGGGGAAGAUGAGGCUAAUAAUCUUUGCAAUCAUACAGAGUUUAAAAGCUUACAUGACAUCCAAGUUGGCGUUUGGACAGACUUCAGUGAAGUAUUAGUAUCCCAAAGAACUCUUGAUGAUCGUAAUACUCCAGCUAGUAAAUUCUAUGAUUUCACCCACUAUGUCUUUGAAAGUCCUGAAGGAUCUACAUUGUUUAUGGAGAUACAGAAUGUGACAGUGAAUCUGACCGGACCUCUUUUGGAACUUGUUCAUGUCUCGGCUGGCUAUGGGACCGACCCAACAGAUAUCGGGACAACCCUAGCGUACGCAAAUGGAUAUGGCUAUAUUGAAAGCCCUAGCUACAGCAGCAACUUUUCUCUUGUUGAUAAUGAAGGAUAUCUUCUUAUUGCCAUCCCCAAAUCUGUUGCUGGAACCUUCAAUAUCACUUUCAGAGUCACAGCCAUCGAAUGUGAGUAUCCAGAGGAACUCUGCAAUGGAUCUCUGCACUGCCUCGACAGGAUACAGGAAACAUGUGAUGGGGAAGUUCAGUGUCUUGAUAGUGGAGAGGAUGAAUACGGAUGUGAAGAAUGUUUCCAUGGCGAAUAUUGCUGGUAUGAAUAUGAAUGUGUUCAGCCUCGUGAUCAAUGUAAUGGACUUUAUGACUGCGCAAGUGGAAGUGAUGAGAGUGAUUGCCCAGGAUGUACCCCUUGUAACGGAACUGGUUGGUGCCCUGCUGAUAUCCAAGUUUGCGACUAUAUCAAGGAUUGCCCAAGUGAUGAUGAUGAGGCAGAAAAUCGCUGCAACCAUACUGCGUUUAUCAAUGAGGUUGAUCUUGCUCCUGGGGAGUCUAUCACCAUAGAGAGAAGUUGGCUGGAUGGUGCUUACGGGGAUCGCGACACACCCGCAAGCAACUUCUACAACUUCACCCACUAUGUCUUCAACUCUCUUCCUGGUUCAACGCUCUUCGUUGAGAUGCACAACAUCACAGUGGAUGGUGAUCCCGGCCCCCUAAACGUGAUCUUCAAUGUUUUAGUCGGGUCUGGAAUCAAUCCUGGCAUUGAUGAAAAUAACGUAGCAUACUUUGGACUUUAUCACAACUACACCAUGAGCAAUUCUCAGAACUUCUCCAUUCCUGAUUCUGUGGGCUAUGUGCUUAUAGCCAUCCCGAAAGAUGUUCAAGCCAACGUAACGUUCCGAGUUACUGCAGUCGAAUGUUUUGAGUUUUCAUGCCCAACAAGCGAUCCAUUCUAUGGUAAUUGCAUCUCUGAGGACUGGGUCUGUGACAACAUAACUGAUUGCUUGGAUGGUAGCGAUGAAGCUGAAUGUGACGUUUGCCCAGAAGGUCUAUACCCAUGCUACUUUGAUGAUUCAAUCUGUCUUAAUUAUACUGCUUUUGGAUGUGAUGGAAACUAUGAUUGCCCAGGUGGUACGGAUGAAUACAACUGUACAGGAUGUUUUGCCUGUGAGGGAAGCACCUCUUGUCAGUACGAUAGUACGGUCUGUGACUUCUUUGGCCAAUGCUCAGGAGGGGAAGAUGAAUCGGAGGAUCUGUGCAGACAUUCUGAAUUCAUCCAGAAUGUGCUGGUAUCAACCGGGCAAUGGGUUGAUAUUACUGUGAUGUCUGGAAACGUGGAGAAUCGCAACACCCCGGCAAGCAACUUCAUUGAUUUCACACACUACGUGUUCCGUGGGGAUCCAGGCACGACCCUUUUCAUGGAGAUUCAGAACUAUACUUGGUCUGAUGGCCCACUUGCCUCUCUCCUCCUUGUCUAUGCUGGCUCCGGAGAGGACCCCACAGAUAAAUCGUCUAACGUUGCAUUCUUAUAUGGAGAUGGUUAUAGUGGGUCCCUAAGUAGCUCCCCUAACUUCUCGCUUCGGAGUAACACUGGUUAUGGACUCAUUGGUAUUCCAAAAGAUGUGAAUGCUUCUAUUCAGCUUCGGGUUACAGCAAUUGCCUGUGACGAGACUGAGAGUCUAUGCAAUGGAUCACCUCACUGUGUUAACCUGGAAACUGACCUAUGUAAUGGAGAAUAUGAGUGCGUCAAUAGUCAGGAAGACGAAUUAAAUUGUGAUGAGGGUGUGUGUGAUUUUUCCUGCGCAUUGAAUGAAUCGUCUUGUCUAUAUCCUCAUGAUUACUGUGAUGACGAGAUUGACUGUGCUGGCGGAGAAGAUGAAUUUGCUUGUGAUUCAGAUUGUUUCAAGUGCCCAGGAUAUUACACUUGCCUUUAUGACUCUGUGGUUUGUGACUUCUAUGAUAAUUGCUAUGGUGGAGCAGAUGAAGCAGAAAGUCUCUGCAGAGAUUCGGAAUUUAUCAUACCGGUGGAUGUGACAGCUGAUGAAUGGAUCACAAUCGAACAACGUUCAGGAGAUGCCGUGGAAGAUCGCGGCACAAGGGCCAGCGAGUUCUACGACUUCUACCAUUACGUCUUCUAUUCCGAUCCUGGUGCAACACUGUAUAUGGAGCUGUUGAACUUCACAUGGUCUGAGAAUGCACCUCAGCUUAUCCCUCUCCUGCGCAUCAUUGCUGGAGCGGGUGAAGAUCCAGCAUCUGGUCCAAAUAACAGAGCAUACUAUGAUGCAACAGGGUACGAGUACAGUAUCAGCUCGUUAAGGGCUUUCUCCUUGACCAACAGCACAGGCUUUGUUCUCCUUGCUUUCCCCAAGAAUGUGAAUACUUAUGUGAAGUUCAGGGUCACAGCUAACGCAACCACUCCUGCCACUAGUUCUACAAACAGCCCUGAAACUAGUUCUCCAACCAGUCCUACAGUUAGUCCUGCUACUAGUUCUCCAACCAGUCCUACAAUAAGUCCCGAUACUAGUUCCCCAAUCGGUCCUACAGUUAGUCCCGAUACUAGUUCCCCAACCAGUCCUACAGUUAGUCCCGAUACUAGUUCUCCAACCAGUCCUACAGUUAGUCCUGCUACUAGUUCCCCAACCAGUCCUACAAUAAGUCCCGAUACUAGUUCCCCAACCGGUCCUACAGUUAGUCCCGAUACUAGUUCCCCAACCAGUCCUACAGUUAGUCCUGCUACUAGUUCCCCAACCAGUCCUACAAUAAGUCCCGAUACUAGUUCCCCAACCGGUCCUACAGUUAGUCCUGAUACUAGUUCCCCAACCAGUCCUACAGUUAGUCCCGAUACGAGUUCUCCAACCAGUCUUACAACUACCCCUACUCCUACUACUACAACCACUUCUACAAGUCCUACCGACACAUAUGUGAGUGUACCAGUGGAUAAUGAGUGGCAUGAAGUUAACAAUGUCAUUGGUGUUCUUCAGGAGAAUGGUGAUUACCUGGAAGCCAUAUGGCGUUUCUAUGCUCCAAGCGACUCCUACGUCCUCCUGUUUGAAGUGACUACAGCCUAUGUCCUCAGUCCCGGCUCUGAAGUCCUUUUUGGCACAGAUCCAUUCUUUGAUCCUCAUGUUGCUAAAAUUGAACAUUUUGGGACUGAUAUUCCAUUCGGAAUAUACGACUUCUAUGUGCUAAGUGAUGAGGCCUAUGUUUCUAUCAUGGUACCCGUGGAUUCAUCAAUGGACGAGACCAGUUUGCAGUUCCGCGUCAGAGCUGAACUACAUGAUUGUGAAGGAGAUCAAAGCCCAUGUGUUGAAUGCAGUGGUGGAACAUUAUGUUCUCCUGUGCUGGAUUGUUCUGUAUCAGAUGCUUAUCGGUGUCCAGAUGUUUGACAACCUUCUCAGUGACUUUCACCACUCAUGACAAGGAAUGUUUUUUUCAAGGAUCGUUUGAUCGCCUUUCCUUCCUCAAAUUGGCAACUCCAUGCAGUUGUCAAAGAGUCAGAGCUUAAUUUUGCCACAAUGAACACACAAGCAGCUUUUCAAGUAAGCAAUUCUCACCUUACAACAAAGACAAAGCCGUGCAGGAAAGCUGCUUCAAACGAAAAGACGCAAAGCACCUUUAUUGCCGGAGGCUUGCUGAAAGUCGCCUGACACCCUUGCAUAUUAUCUAGUGUAUAUUUCACAACUGCUUUGCUUAACACCAGCACCAAGGUUAAACACUGAUGGUCAAUAUCAUCUUUUCAAUCGUUCCUAAAAUAACCCAGUCUUAAUCCUUUGUCAUGAAUAAGGUAACUAAUACUAGACUACAUUUAUAAGUUUGAAUCAAUAUAUUAAAAAUGCUUUCAGCUAAUCCUAGUCAUUUAUUUGUUAGUGGGCUUCGGGGAUAAAAGUAGAUGGUAGUUUAGAUUAUGUAUGGCAAACUGAAAUGUGUUUCAUGUAUUAAUUUUCUUAUUUUGAAUAAUUUUGUUUAAUAGUGAGGGCUUUUUGCAAAAGUAGCUAUUGAAUUACAUUAUAGAAACUAAACUUUGUCAUUUAGUAUAUGAUUUUUUAUUCAAAAUGUAAUCUAAGACAUGAUGGAAAGCUUACCACACAUUUUACCUGUAUAAAAAACAAAUGUAAAAGAAAACAAAAUGCUAUUUUACACUUGAGAUUUUAAGAUCUUUGGUUCUUUUUGUUUUCUUCUGUUUUCUUUUAUAUAUUAUAAUACUUAAUGUUACUUUAAAGAAGAUUGAUAAUAAUUAUACUUGUUUAUAUAGCACUUAUCAGAAGUCUCUAAGCACGUACUGCAUUCCAAGGAAUACAUUCUUACUAGGUACCCAUUCACCUCACCAGGGUUGAGUGCAACACAAUUCAAUUUUACCAUUUAAAGAAUGAAAACAAUAAUUUAAAAAACAAUGAUUUUCUUUAUGUUAGUGACAUGGUGCUUGUAAACUAUACCCAUAUUUUAUUAUUUGAUUUAGAUUUUCUUCAUUUUUAUUUGUAAAAUUCAUUUGUGUUAGUAAACAUUAACCCCAGUCUUUCAAUAUUUGUAUGCAUUGUGUUUGUAUCCCAGUACUAUUUAACAUUAAUCGAUAUUCUUUUCAGAUUUAUUUUAAACUGAAAUGUCUGGCUAAGGAUUGUAAAAAUUAUGAAUGAUUCUUGGUAGUAUAAGAUUUGAUGUUUGAAACAUCCUUAACCCUAAAUCUCCCGGGGUAUUUUGAUUCUUGUCAUUCCCGGGGGGGGGGGGGGGGGGGCAUUAUGGCCCCCCUUAAGAUCUCGGCCGCAGAUUGCGCGAUCACAACGAAAAUUUGCAUGAUGGUAGAGAAUGACGUAAUCUACGCAGUUGCAUUGGUAAAUUUCACUGAAUUUAUAUAUUUUUAUUUUAUAUGAAUUAAUUAUGCUAAUUUAUUCAUGAAAUCAUACUUUUUGCUCUGAUUCACUAAAUAAAGCACCUAGAAUGCUAUUUUUUGGUGAAAAUAUUCUUUAUAGCAUUCCUAACUAUUGUGAAUGAAAAAAAUUCUGGUACCAAGACCGAUUUCUUAUUUAUUUUAUUGUUUUUCUAAUUUCUUAUGUAUUUCUUUGUUUUUUUUUACUUUUUGAUUUUUUAUUGUUUUUUUGAUGGAAAUCGUUCCAGACUUAAUUCUGAUCAUAAAGAAGGCAAAAUUAAUUCAGUUUUAUCAGUAAAAGUAGAAAUAAUGAUACAUUUAUGAAUUUUGGCUAAAUUACACAAUUUGCAUUGGAUUUGUACAUGAAAUCACGUUUAUGAGCAAUUUUGGGUCUGACAUGCGCUUACAUAAUGUUGCGUACCCGGGCAUCACAAAUUUGGUCUCAAAAUUUGUGCGAGACUUGAAAGUAAAAAGUCAUUGAGCGGCGAGGAAAAAAAAUUUGCGCAGCAGAUAUAUCGCAAAAAUUGUCGAGGGGGGGCCAUUAUGGCCCCUCCCCUCCCCCCCGGAGAAUUAGGGUUAAAAGAAAAAAUAAAAGGAAAUGCAUUCGUCAGAAGAAAAAUUUCAUUAGUAUGUUUUAAACUACCUUUUGUAUCAUUAUAUGCAUACAUGUACGUGUAUGUUUUGAGUGUAUGAUGGAUACAACAUAUCAUCAUUUUAAAAAGUAUUUUUGUAGGAGUUUAACUUAACAGUGAUGUAGUUGAAACUGGCCUCAGGCCAACAGUUUGCCAACCUUGGCAUUGUCCUCAGGCGGAAUCAUACGUCCAAAAUCAAUGGAGAAGAAUUUUCUUCCAACUAUUCAUAUUUUUAUGGUGUAUUUACAUAGCUAGUGAAAUAAAUAGUGAUGGAGAUUAUUAGUGACUUUCUUACUGGCUGCCGUUCAUUCGCUUCCUUGGGGGCUAUUCAUAGUCAACCCAUCGAGACUACGACAGGUUGGAAAACAAUUUUGAAGAAGGCAGACAUCUUACACGAGCAGUGCAUAUUGUCCCUGAGGUGCGUUUCAUGGGAGGACUUCCCAUGGGAAUUGUGCUUCUGAGCCAAUCAACAUCAUAGGGGAGUUUUCACAUCUGACUUGUCAGACUUAACUUUUGAUGAAACGCUCCCUUGUUCUUUGUAGGAAUUUUGAUCUUGCAGCUUUUAUCCCACAUGUUCCUUUCUUAACCUGCUAACUACUUGAACGGAUGUGGUCUCUUUUCAAUGCAUUUUGGAAAUUUCAGGAAUUGGUAGUCAUUGGGUUAAAAUACUUUCUUGGGCCCAUUUCAUAAAGCCUCACAACCAUUGUAACUUCCGUGGUAAGAUGGAUUGUGAUUGGCUGAUGAGCCCUGUUACCAUGGAAGUUGCCGUAGCUGUAACUCUUUUUGAAACAGGACCCUUUUCUGACCAAGCCUCCUCUCUUUGAUCAUCAGAACAGUCUUUUGUCUUGCCCAACAGUUCAUUAGUGCCAAUGGGUCAAGAGUCAUCUAUAUGUCUGUGUAUGCUAUUGUCAGUUGAGAAAUCUGUUUGUCACCCCAACAUCUCAUAUUUUUCAUGUAUCUGAAUUAAAGAUUUUUUCAUAUUAUAUUAUCAUAA